CUCCAUCAAAUAGAAACGUAAGUUUGGUCCGUGGGGAGAGGCAACUGUUAUGGAAGUGGUUGCCUCUUGAAUUUACUUCACUGUGUUUUGACUCACUCUAUGUGGGAUAGCGUAUUUGGGGAUUCACUGCUUGUUAAAUUAGUUAGGGAUAUAGAGACUGAGCGAAGAGCCCGGCGUGAAAUAGAAAAGCCUCUCUGGAAAGAGCUCGCGCGUUAUUUAUUUUCUCCUGACCGCUUCAUGUUUGUGGACAGCGCGACAAGACGUACGCAGUUUUCGACUUGUGCACGUUAAAACUGAGUUUCUAUGAUAAAGUUUGUUAUAGGCGGGGUAAAUUAAGUUUUAACAAGCUCACACGGUGCUCGUUGGAUUCGUGGAGUUCAACUAUAGCCUAGCCGACGCUCGCUCAAAACAAUCAGUUAUAUCUUCACGUAAAUACAUGGAUUGUAGUAUAUGGCCCCCGUCUGCUUUUGCAAAAUGCAAUGGGACUAACUGAGGCCUUUGGACCGCCAGAAUAUCUUUGCUUCGCUUUCAAGCCUGAUGAACAGGUCUGGCAAGGACAGUCAAAAAUGUGAACCGGUGAUUGAUACUCGACCAGAUUAUUUGUGCACCAGUAGCAAUGGAGCGGAGCAAACGCAACUCCAUUGCUGGGUUCCCCAUGCGGCCAGAUCGGCUGGAGGACCCUGAUUGUGGAGGAGGAGCCGAAACCAGUCCGGCACCGCUGGACAGGGUCUGUCCCUCGUCUUACCGGGCUCUCAUCAGUGCCUUUUCUUGCCUGACCCGACUUGAUGACUUCAUCUGCGAGCGUAUUGGAUCUGGGUUUUUUUCUGAGGUCUACAAGGUGCGCCACAGAGCUUCGGACCAGGUAAUGGCUCUAAAGAUGAACAAGCUGAGCAGUAAUCGUGCCAACAUGCUGCGAGAAGUUCAACUCAUGAACAGGCUCUCUCACCCCAACAUACUCAGAUUUAUGGGAGUGUGUGUGCAGGAAGGUCAACUCCAUGCUCUCACAGAGUUCAUUAAUGGCGGCAACCUGGAGCAGCUGUUGAACAGUGACGUGUUCCUGUCCUGGUCUGUGAGAAUAAACCUCAGUCUUGAUAUUGCCAGAGGACUGGAAUACCUACACAGCAAGGGCAUAUUUCACAGAGACCUUACGUCAAAGAACUGUCUGGUACGCUGGGAGAACGGGCAGUGCAGUGCUGUGGUGGGGGACUUUGGCCUGGCAGAGAAAAUUCCUGAUCACAGCGACGAGGCAGAGAAGCAGAGCUUGGCUGUUGUUGGCUCCCCCUACUGGAUGGCUCCGGAGGUGCUCCGAGGAGAGCGCUACGAUGAAAAGGUGGAUGUGUUUGCCUAUGGUAUUAUUCUCUGUGAGAUUAUUGGCCGGAUACAGGCAGAUCCUGACUUUCUUCCACGGACAGAGGUGAAAAUUGAACAUACAGCAUCUUAAAAAGUCACUCCAAAUAUUUUUACAGUUAGACAAACCAUUUCAAUACUUCUAGAACAGUGGUUCCCAACCUUUUUUAACUCACAGCCCACACAACCAAACACAUAUGUUUCCACGG